ACCGCCGCUGCUUCUCUCGCCGCUCAAUCCUUAACGUGCCAUUUUAUUACUAAUGGGCAUAUCUGGAUAUCAAAAUGUCAUCGAUGUACAGGACAGUGUCGUGUUUCUAAGGAUGCCAGCGGUGGAUAUUCUCGCGGUUUUCACCGGACCAGUGCUGUAUCCCGCCAGCGAAGCUUCCUUAUAGUGAAUCGGAUGAUUGGAGCAGCUGUGCGCUCCGCUUAGACUGCAGCUGUCAUUGAUAAUACACAGUGAACACAGGAAACGAUGAUGUGCGAGGUGAUGCCCACGAUCAGCGAAGACACAGCGCUGAGUCAGCGCGGGUCCCAGAGCAGCGCCUCUGACCCGGACUCCCACUUUGAGCAGUUGAUGGUGAACAUGCUGGACGAGAGGGACCGUCUACUGGACACCCUACGAGAAACACAGGAGAGCCUUUCCCUUUCCCAACAACACCUCCAGGAUGUCAUCUAUGACCGGGACUCACUGCAGCGUCAGCUCAGCUCCGCACUGCCACAGGAGUUUGCCGCCCUGACAAAGGAGCUCAACGCCUGCAGAGAGCAGCUGCUAGAGAAGGAGGAGGAGAUUUCUGAGCUAAAGGCCGAGAGGAACAACACAAGACUGCUGUUGGAGCAUCUGGAGUGUUUGGUGUCAAGGCAUGAACGUUCUCUGCGCAUGACGGUGGUCAAACGUCAGGCUCAGUCUCCUUCUGGGGUCUCCAGCGAGGUGGAGGUCCUCAAAGCCCUCAAGUCUCUGUUCGAGCAUCACAAAGCACUGGAUGAGAAGGUACGAGAGAGAUUGCGGGUGUCAUUGGAGAGGGUCUCCGCCUUGGAGGAGGAGUUAACUGCAGCCAAUCAGGAGAUCGUAGCCUUAAGGGAGCAGAAUGCACACAUUCAGAGGAAGGUGGCAUCAGGAGAGGGGGCUGAGGACUUGCUGGAGGGUACAGAUGCCCAGAAAGUCCAUGGCAAGCGGUUGUCUAACGGGUCGAUGGAGUCCGGGGACGAGGCCAGUCAGGUUGUGGAGCUGCAGGAGCUGCUGGAGAAACAGAACUACGAGCUGGCGCAGAUGAAGGAGCGCAUGUCCUCUCUCUCCUCCCGUGUGUCCGAGGUGGAGCAGGAGCUGGAGACGGCCCGUAAAGACCUCAUCAAGAGCGAAGACAUGAACAACAGGUUCCAGAGAGAUAUCAAAGAGGCUAUGUGUCAAAAGGAAGACAUGGAAGAACGAAUCGUGACGCUUGAGAAGCGCUAUCUCAGUGCCCAGAGAGAGUCCACGUCACUGCACGACAUCACAGACAAGCUGGAAAACGAACUGGCCAAUAAGGAAGCGUUCCUCAGACAGAUGGAAGAGAAGAACAGGCAGUUACAAGAGCGGCUGGAGCUGGCGGAACAGAAGCUCCAGCAGACCAUGAGGAAAGCUGAAACACUGCCUGAAGUUGAGGCCGAGCUCGCACAGAGGAUAGCAGCUCUCACCAAGGCGGAAGAGAGGCACGGCAGUAUCGAGGAGCGUAUGAGACAUUUAGAGGGACAGCUGGAAGAGAAGAAUCAAGAGCUUCUAAGGGCCCGACAGAGAGAAAAGAUGAACGAAGAGCACAACAAGCGUUUGUCAGACACAGUGGACAGACUUCUAACCGAGUCAAAUGAGCGAUUACAGCUCCAUCUGAAAGAAAGAAUGGCCGCUCUCGAGGAGAAGAAUGUUUUGAUACAAGACUCUGAGAGUUAUAGGAAACAGUUAGAAGACUCCAUUCAAGAGAAGUCUCAUCUCUCAGAGGAGAUGGAGAAACUGAGAUCUGACUUGGAUCAGUACCGGUUGAGGGCUGGAUCCCUUACAGAGCCCACACUAUCACGGUCUCAUUUGGAUGCAUCCGGAGACCUUCGUUUUUCUCUGGGCUCUCUGGCUGAGACGCAGUCAGACCACUAUCGCUCCACCAAGGUAACACGGAGGCCCCGGAGAGGACGCAUGGGACUGCGUAGGGAGGAACAGAAGGCUAAGUCUCUGGGAGAGCACGAAUGGCGCUCUCAGCAGCUUGGCAUUCUGGGCGGCCACCCAUUCGAGAGUGACACAGAGAUGUCAGAUAUCGAUGACGAUGACCGGGAGACCCUCUUCAGCUCAAUGGAUCUGCUGUCUCCUGGCGGUCAUUCCGAUGCUCAGACUCUGGCAAUGAUGCUGCAGGAACAGUUAGAUGCCAUCAAUAAAGAGAUCCGGCUGAUCCAGGAGGAGAAAGAGUCGACAGAAUUGAGGGCAGAGGAAAUCGAGAACCGUGUGGCCAGCGUCAGCCUGGAGGGGCUGAAUUUGGCGCGGAUGCACCAUUCUGGAGCCUCCAUCACUGCCUCAGCCACCGCCUCAUCUCUCGCCUCCUCCUCCCCUCCAAGCGGACACUCCACCCCUAAACUCACGCCCCGAAGCCCCGCCCGCGACAUGGAGCGAAUGGGUGUCAUGACACUGCCCAGCGACCUACGGAAACACAGGAGGAAGAUCGCAGCUGUGGACGAGGACGGUCGCGAGGACAAGGCCACCAUCAAAUGCGAGACCUCUCCACCCCCCACGCCUCGCCAAGUCCGCAUGACACACACGCUACCUGCUUCCUCUCACAACGACGCACGCCUGACAGCUGCAUUAGAGACAGAGGCUCUGAGCAGUGUAGCCAGCAGUCAAGACUCCCUUCACAAGCAGCCAAAGAAGAAAGGAAUCAAGUCCUCCAUCGGUCGACUGUUCGGCAAGAAAGAGAAAGCCAGACUGGGACAGCUGGGAAAAGAAUUUAUGGGGCCAGGACAAGGGAACAUGUCCGAUCCUGAGCUUAUGGGUCAGGAUAUCGCAGUGGGAAAGCUAGGAACACAGGCGGAGAAAGACCGCCGUCUUAAAAAGAAGCACGAGUUGUUGGAAGAAGCCAGGAGGAAAGGAUUACCCUUUGCUCAGUGGGAUGGCCCUACGGUUGUCUCGUGGUUGGAGCUGUGGCUGGGAAUGCCAGCGUGGUACGUGGCAGCAUGUCGUGCCAAUGUCAAAAGCGGUGCUAUUAUGUCGGCCCUUUCGGAUACCGAGAUCCAGAGAGAGAUCGGCAUCAGUAACCCGCUGCACCGUCUCAAACUACGCCUGGCCAUUCAGGAGAUGGUCUCGCUCACCAGCCCCUCCGCUCCCCCUACGUCUAGAACCGCGUCGGGUAACGUGUGGGUAACCCAUGAGGAAAUGCAGACCCUUGCCGCCCCUUCGAAAACGAAGUCCGAGUCAGAAGAGGGAAGCUGGUCGCAGACACUCGCGUACGGCGACAUGAACCACGAGUGGAUCGGGAACGAGUGGCUGCCCAGUCUAGGUCUACCUCAGUACCGCAGCUACUUCAUGGAGUGUUUGGUGGACGCCCGCAUGCUGGACCACCUCACCAAGAAAGACCUCAGAGUGCAUUUAAAAAUGGUGGACAGCUUUCACAGAACCAGUCUCCAGUACGGCAUCAUGUGUUUGAAGAAGCUCAACUAUGACAGAAAAGAGCUGGAGAGACGCAGAGAGACUAGCCAGCAUGAAAUAAGAGACGUGCUAGCUUGGAGUAACGAGCGCGUGAUUCGCUGGAUUCAAAGCAUCGGUCUCCGCGACUACGCCAACAUCCUGUUAGAGAGCGGCGUGCAUGGAGCGCUCGUUGCGCUCGAUGACAACUUUGACUACAGCAGCCUGGCCCUGCUGCUGCAAAUCCCCAACCAAAACACUCAGGCUAGACAGAUUCUUGAAAGAGAAUACAACAACCUGCUGGCACUGGGAACGGAGAGACGGUUAGAUGAGUGCGAUGAAAAAGACUUCAGAGGGCCGUCAUGGAGGAGGCAGUUUCCUCCGCGGGACGUCCACGGGAUCAGCAUGAUGCCCGGUUCAGCAGAGACACUGCCCGCUGGCUUCCGUCUCACUGCCACCUCUGCGCACUCGCGCCGACUGCCGCCAGAGGUCCUGUAUGAGGUGAUGGACGACAGUCCCGACGACAUGUAUUUGGACUGGUUUCAAGUCGGGCCGUCGGCGGUACAGCGUCUGGACAGUUCCACUGUGAGGACCUACUCGUGUUGAGAGAAGAUAAAGACGUAAGCUAUCAAGUUCGAAGAAGUACCUUCAAGUCGCCGGAAGGGUCGCUGGGCCUGCACGAAGAAUUCCGAUGAGUCACACUGCCAAGAGAACAAAACAAGCUCCAGAGGAUGGGGCGAGGAGGGGGGAACGGCGUGCCGGGCCACUGCCCCCUCCUCUGCACUUAACGAGCCAAGGCCAUGACCCGGGCACCCCCCGCAGGUGCUAAUGUGCGCUCUCUCUUGCCCUUUCUACCUUUUACACCACGCCAAGCUCCUUCGGCUUACGUACUGUGUAUUUCUUCUACGGGGGGUGUGUAGGUACAGUUGUAAAUUACUAUAAAUAAAGCCAUUUUAUACAUAUAUAUAAAAAUAAUAUAUAUAUACGUCUGUAUAAAAAAAUCAAGAAAAAAGACGAGAACAUAUUCAGAGUUGUGAAGAUUAUGUCCUAUAACGUCAUGGUUUUAAACGAUGCUGCUCUUGAAACUUUGCCUAGACCCGAGAGACGUUUUGUACGUGUUGGUUUCAUUUCAUCCGUUCGUGUUUGCGGCCCGUCGAGGUCCGGUGGUUGACGGCCCCUCCCCUUCAUUCAGAUGUCGCUUUCUGCCGUCAGCCCAUGAAAGCUGUACGUCUCCCCUUCACGGUCUACGUCACGUUGUUACCUUACUCGUGCCGCGACAUUCGAAUCGUAUCUACCGAGGUACCUGAAACAGUAAUGCGAAGCCGUUCCGAAGCCGACGUGAAAAGGCACCUGCGACCCGUUUUACUCCAUCCUGGGGCAACGUGUUUAAGUAGAUAGGGUCGAUUUUCAUUUUUAUGUUGACUUUAAAGUGCAUAAUCGUGGGCGUCGUUGUUUCGAUGCGCUUACCUUCUAUGGAUCGAAAUGUACCGGGAAAGCACUGAGUCUAUCGUGAUCGUUUUUGUACGAUAUCUGCCGUCGGUCGCUAGACACCCGACCGCCCGACAUCCGAUCGGCUAGCCUUGUAUCGCGGCCUCGACAGGGUCCCGUAAGGAGAAAUAACUAAAAGACAGGAUUAGCUCUUUGUAAACGUAGAGGUGUAUAUCGACUUGUCGAAGUCCAGAUUAAAGUUUUAAAAAGACAAAACUGUUGCUUGCCGUGACUGACUUUGGUGUAAAACUGUUCAAUACUUUACGUUGAGGUCGCGGGAGAAACCCGUCGUACGGCCCUCGACUUCCUGUCUUUGAGUUAUUUCUGACAACUCUUCGACGGUUUGUACGUCCCUGUUUUUGCACGCACAGAGAAUCGUUUUAUUUUGUGUGGUUUUUUUUAUGAUUAAUUACCGAUUGUAUUUUGGUCAAAACUAUGUGGUGAUCAAACAACUUUUCAUUGUUAAUAAAAAGUACAGUCAAACAGGUUUGGUUGGUAAAAGUUUUUGUCAAAAAUGUAUUCGCAAACGCAUUUCUUUACACUGGACAGUACACGUCAUUGCUUCAGAGUCAUUCAAAUAUUUCAGAAAAAUGUAUCGAGUACGAUUUCAACCUAAAAUUACAACAAAAUUUAGCUUAUCCCCCACU